AUGACCUCCAACAGCACUGAUGCUAAUAAUGAAAUCCUCACCUCAGAAAAAGAUCGCGGAAAUAACAGCAUUAAUUUGCCAGCCAAUCCAACUUUAGAACAAAUUCAACAAAUGCAGGUUGCACGUAAGGAAAGUAGUUCGGGAUUUAUGCUUCUAAGCGUUAGACACACGUCAAACGUUGGGAGUAUAAGCAACGGUCGAGAGAUGCAUCCCCUUGUGGAGAAUUACGGCGAAACUCAUGUCAGAUCUGCCUCUAUGCAAGCAACGUCCAACUCUAUGAUGGCCAACAAGCCUGAUAUGAAUCGUCAGUUUUCUUCCACCAUGUCUCUGGAAGCCGAAGAAUAUGAUAAUAAUGAAGAUGAUGACCCGGAUCCGCAAUCCGAACCGAAUCAAUUUUCCCACAACCAACAACAGCAGUCGCAGUUCGUCAUGCGCAAUCCUCCGAAUUUAAUUCCCGCUGGGAUAACGACAAUGGAGCCACCAUUAAAUGGCACUCAAGUUGUUGACGGUUUGAGACCCUUAACUGUAUCCAAUCUCUCACAAAUACAGUUGCCACCUGGAGUUGUUCCAAUUCCAGCAGCUGUUGUACAAUCUCCUCAACAGCCACCACCACCACCUAUCGCCACAGUGCCUGUCAUCUUUCAUCAAAUCAACGGUCAUGAGUCAACAUUGAUUCCAGUUACAUCUCUGAACUCAUUGACGCAAUUACAAUCAGCUGCCAUCCUGUCGGAUUCAGUUCAGGGUCCACGACCAUCUGUUCAGUUGACAGAAAUGCCUCCCUUUAAAUGCUCCGACCCAUCAGCUAUGCCUCCAGCAGUCAUCGCCAUAACCUCAGUCGCUUCUAUGGGGGGAGCAGCACAGGCGGUCAACCUUGGUCAAGGUCAACAAAGAGUCUCCGCAGUGCUCAAUCAGCCAUCCAUCCAACACAUAAUCGAUCAAAUUACUGCAGAACCUUUGCGAUCUGUUUCUGAUGCUUCUCUCUCUAACCCCCUCCUGACCUCUCUCAACGCACCCAUUCAACCAGCCUCGCGAUUUCGAAAAGCUCGUAUUCACGAGACAGUGGAACAGUGGAGCUCUAAACGCAUAUCUCUACACGACUGUCGUUUGAAGGCGGUGCCAGACUGGGUCACGUUUUUGCAAUCAAGGCCUAUCGAUACGACUUUUAAUCAUCCCAUUGCCCAACAGGGUCGUUGUCUCUAUUGUUUUGUUCCGGGUGGUUUUGGCUCGCAGUGCAAUAAACAUGAUUACAAUCAAAAUUUAUCGAAACCCCUCGUUGGGACUGGUUCAAAACACCACCACACAAGAAGUGCAGCAUGUUCCCUCCCAACUGUACCAGAAACUUCGGAGCAGGCUCACGUCAUUCAGGCCGCAUUUACUGCCUAUCGAGCGGCCACUCAACAGGGCUAUAAUCUCAAGAAUCUCCUUUCAACAUGGGACUCCGGCGAACGGUCAGUAAAUAAAGCUUUAUUUGAACAGUUUGAGCGUUCCAUCUCGCCCAAGAGCAAUAAUAAUCCUCACGUCUUAAAACCCAAUGCAUCGGAGCCUGUUCUUUCAUCAUCUGCUUCUAUCUCUAUCCAACAUCAACAUCAGCAUAUUGAGACACCUAGUCAUAGCUCCGUUGACGUCAACGUGAACGCGCCUAUUCAGGGUAAUGAGGAAUUCGCUGAUGGGGGUCUAACUAUGGCUGCUCAACCCACAGUGAUCACUCAGCAACACCGUCCUUCCGAAUUAAUUCCUCUGUUAGAUCAACCACUAGCUCCCCCUAACGGUGCUCAUCAAAAACAUGAGGUCUCCGUCUCACAUGUUACCGACCCUUCUGCUGCCUACCUUCGAAGACAGGUAACUCUGAGUUCUGAGGAAAUAGAAACACCAUCACGUUCAGAGUGUGUUCAACAAGUCCAACCUCCAAGCGCCCUUUCCAUGGCCAUGUCAGAUCAACGGUCGUUUGCCCCUCCUCCUACAAGUCCCUCCCAGACUGCCUUGUUGCUGGAAGGAGGUGAACAAGUUUCUGUUGUUGCUCCUGAGGUUUCACCUAGGAGCAUACGAUCCUUCUCUGGAACCACUAUCGGUUCUGUCCAACUCUCUCCUGACACGGAAAUGUCUGGAGGUAUUGACAGUGGAAUUGGGGUUGCUAUUCCACAAGUACCCGUCCCUUCCAUCGCUGGCAGCCAUAAUCUCACUAAUAUCAUUUCUUCAUCACUAGACCACACGUGA